AUGCGUAGUGGGACGAUUGCAAAUGGCCGCUCCUCGCAACCACGCUUGACAUCGUCGUUCCCUCGCGAUAAGUUGACGGCGGAAAGUAAGGUUAAUGGAAAAAAGUUUAUCAAAACAACAAAUACAAUAAUAACAAUAAUAAUAAUCAUACCCGUGAAAUUUUCACGGCUUUCUUUCUUUCUUUCUUUCUUUCUUUCUUUCUUUCUACCGUAUUUCUUUCUUCUUUUUUCUUUCUUUCAUUUUCUUGCUUUCUUUUUCUUUCUGUCUUAUUCUUUCUUUCUUUCUUUCUUUCUUUCUUUCUUUUUUUCUUUCUUUCUUUUUCUUGUUUUCUUUUUCUUUCUAUCUUAUUUUUUCUUUCUUUCUUUCUUUCUUUCUUUCUUACUUUUUCUUUCUUUCUUUUUCUUGCUUUCUUUUUCUUUCUAUCUUAUUCUUUCUUUCUUUCUUUUUCGUUCUUUUUUCUUUCUUUUUCUUGCUUUCAUUUUCUUUCUACGUUAUUCUUUCUUUCUUUUUCUUUCUUUCUUUUUCUUGCAUUCAUUUUCUUUCUAUCUUAUUCUUUCUUUCUUUCUUUCUUUCUUUCUUUCUUUCUUUCUUUCCAUCGUAUUUCUUUCUUAUUUUUUCUUUCUUUCUUUUUCUUGUUUUUUUUUCUUUCUAUCUUAUUUUUCUUCAUUCUUUCUUUCUUUUUCUUUCUUACUUUUUCUUUCUUUCUUUUUCUUUCUAUCUUAUUCUUUCUUUCUUUCUUUCUUUCACUUUACUGCAGCUAUGAAUUGUAUAUUUUUUUCUCUUCCUCUCUCUCUCUCUCUCUCUCUCCUUCUUGCCCCCCCCCCUUCGUAUUCAUCUUCCGGAGGUUUGAAUGAAAAUAUACUGUCUAAAUCUAUCUAUCUAUCUAUCUAUCUAUCUAUCUAUCUAUCUAUCUAUCUAUCUAUCUAUAUAUAUAUACAUACUUCAUUUUAG